AUGAAUCGACAACAGAAGUUGGCGACCAGCCACGAUCAAUCCAACAAGAAUUUCCAACCCAAAAACUCCGUUGAAAAUUACCCCGAAGAUCAGGAACGAUCGGAAAAAUCGUUGGACGAACAAGGCGUGAAUGGCAAGACAAAAGAAAAGGAAUAUACCGUCUUUAUUGGAAACCUUCCGCCGACGACGAAAAAAUCCGAUUUGAAAGCAAUCUUCCAAAAGUACGGCACCAUCCAAACGAUACGCUUUCGUUCGAACGAUGGAAGAAUAAUUUUAUAUAAGACCGUUUUAAAAGAUGUCCCCUCUCUCAACGCUUACGUACGCUUCUCGUCGCAGGAAGAACAAACGCGCGCCUGUGAAAUGAAUGGUCAAAUGGUGGGCGAAAAUCGAAUCCGUGUAUGUCCACAAGAUCAAAAGCAAAUAGGAAAUGUUAAAUCUACUGUGUUCGUAGGAAACAUACACAAAAGCACGACGGAAAAUGAUCUGCACGAAUACUUUGGCCGGGUUGGCCCGAUCGAGUACAUCCGAUAUCUUGCACUGAAGAACAUCGCGUACGUUUGCUUCGAGAAAGGCGUUUCCAUAAAGAAAGCGCUCAAACUGCACCAGGAAAAGCUGAACGGCCGUCCGCUUAGGAUAGAGCCCGUAGAUACGCAGCGCACCAAUGUGAAGGUUAACAAAAAGGGCCACCUGGUGCCGCGAAAAAAAUUGCCAACAAAAGCGAAAGACGGUGCCGGUGCUCAGAAGAAUCAGAAGAAGGCAAUCAACGAGUUUCACGGUGAAGUAUCGGAGAAGAAGAAGGGCAAAAAGCGGGAAAGCAAAAAAUCUGGGCUUGGUUCAGCGAAAGCAAGGAAAUUGUUGGCCAACAAACUGAGGGCUGCAAUGCGUUGA